AUGGGGCGAUCAAUAACACCGCGACCUGUGUCACUCGCGAAUAGACCAUCAAAUGAAGUAGCAGCAAAGCGACGCGGAUGGGUGCGUCGCCGCUCCAAAGAUACCCCAUCACAUCUGGGUUUGGUCUCGCAGAAUGUGAAGACAUACAUCUAUGCUAUAUGGCGAGUCACGAUUGUAUGGCCUCUUUUAUGCAUAUACAGAGUCACAUAUGCAUUAUUUCUCUCUCGCACAUCUCAUCGAGUUAUUUUGCGCAUUCUCAUGCUAUGUGGACUGCACAUGACUUGCAUGGCAAUGGCGUUACUCGCAUUUGGCGGUUUCUACUAUGCCUGGGUACCGCAAGUCGAACUGUCCAAAGAUGUUUGGCUUCAAUAUGGGAAUGAUGCACCAUGGGCUGAAGUUCUGCUUGAUUCAUUCCCGUCUGAUCCACCCGUCUGGCAGAAAGAGGCGAGGGUGCCCAUGUUCGAGAAAGAUCAGAUGUACGACGUGUCACUCGGCCUGCGCAUCCCUGUGAACCAAGUCAAUAAGGAGAUGGGAAACUUUAUGGUAGAGUUGUCUCUUGUCACAAGUGAUGGAAUCAUCCUAUAUGAGUCUUUUCGGCCUGUGUUACUUGUGCCUGACCCAUGGGCUGUGCGCUGGACUUCACGCUUUUGGCGUAUGUUGUGGAAACCUAUUUUCAGCGAGCCUGUCGCACCGACACAGCUUGUACAAGUUCCUCUUCUGCGUCGUAUUGUCCCUUAUGCAUCGCAUGCACCAAAUGCACCUGUGGUAUUUCGUCAAAAAGGAUACUUGGCAUCUCAUGCUAUCGUACGAAUAGGGCGUGCUUCUAACGUCGAAAAGAAUACCUCCAAACAGUUGGAGAAUUCCACAUACACUCCCGUCACUCUUCACCCUAGCGUCGUGCAAAUUGAACAUGCAACAUUGUGCUUUAACGCGUUCCUAUCCGGUGCAUCUUAUCUCAUGUAUGAGUAUCCAAUUAUUUCCUUGGGUGUCUUUUUCGUGUUUUUUUCAAGUAUUGAAGUCACUGUGGCGGGAUCCAUAUGGCUCGUUACAUCCGCGUACAUGUCAUGGGGCAUGUCCGAUUAG